UCUUUAAAAACGACAGUUUAACCGCAUCUCUUCUCACGAGCUCUGUUGUUAGUUACACUUCCUGUGUGCUCGAGCUACACAAACGCUGGACAGGACAACGACUUUCACGUACUUAUUGUUUAUAAUAAUGAGGAAGAAUCAGUGUUAAUAGGUGGCACCCCGGAAGGAUGGCAGAGGAAGGCCGCACGGUGUGCGUUCACGGUUUGCCAACAGACGUGGACCAUGAAUGUCUCCGGGACAAACUUCUGAUUCACUUCCUACGCCAGAAGAACGGAGGAGGAGAGGUCAUGUCAGUCACUAUCAUCAGUCGGACACCUCUGCGUGCCCUCAUCACAUUUGAGGAGAGCAGAGUGGUCCAGAGCGUACUUCGUCAUCAUCCUCACAUUUUACAGCUGGGUGGCAUAAAAUACGAACUCUCCCUGAGUCUCCCAAGACAAGAGUCUAUGAGUCUAAAUAAGGUGAUCCUCGAUAUGACUGUGACUGUGGAUUGCAGUCAGCUUCCUCUGGGUGCAGAGACUCUGAAUAUACUGCGCAGUGAGUUUCCAGGUCUACGUACACAACGUGGCUUAUUACAGGACACGUGCACCUUGCAAGGCUGCUACUCUGAUUUUCAAGGCGCCUUUCCUUAUAUGCAGACGUUAGUUAAUCAUCACCUUUCAAAAGCCGAAUAUCCUAAUUUUAGUCGAGACAGAGGUCAAAAUCUUGAGAAGAGGGAAGACCUGGCAAGUGUAAAGAAAUGGGCCAGCUUCACAUCGCAGUCACCAGGAGAUGUCAGCUCUAUAUCCACGGCAGGUUUAGGACAUUACGGACUGCAAGAUAACAAUGAAGCUCUCACUGAACACAGUACUCGGACUAAGAAAAGCAAAGUAGAGGAGGGGGCAGAGUGCAGGAUAGAUGAAGCUAAUUUAGAAGAUCUUUCAAUCAUCAUGGAAGCUGAUGCGUUCGCUUACCUGGAGAACCUUAAAGAGUACAAGCAGAUACUGUGUCUUCAUGGAGUGCAAGUGGUUCAUGUUACAUCCGAGGGGGUCACCACCCUGUACCUACAGUCAGAGGUCCCAAACAGGUCAGGGGUAAAACAGAACAUGCAUCAAGCCCAUAAGGAUCUGAGUCAGCUUUACCAACGGUUAGAGGGUUGUCUGAGAAAAGACCAGAUUCAAAAGAGUGCUCUUUACAUGCCAGACGGACUGACUUCAGCAUUAAAAAAGGUGCAGUUAUUACUGCCUAAUGUUUUGCUUAGCUAUGACCAGGAUAGCAUUUAUAUAGUUGGGGAGAAAAGUGAGGUAUCUCAGGCCAAACAAAUGCUACUGCUUGGGAGAGAGGAAGACGUGAUGCAGAACUUGACAGAAAUGCCACCAUCCUCUUCCAGUUCUCUAUCAGCAUCCCCUGAAUCCUUGGAGAGAGGGCAACAGGUUAAGAGAAAAAUUCAAGUACAUUCUCCAGUGCCCCCUAAACUGAUCGGCUCUAUCACUGAACGAAAAGGGGAGGUUGGGAAAGAAUACAAACUAGCGGCACGGUUUAAGAGCUCUGGACUAGGAGAGAUUGGUGGAGACAUAAGGAGUUUCACGGCUAAAAUGGACAUGCUAAUGUUAGACUCAACACCACCCUUUAGGUCUUCGCUUGGCUCUGCAGGCGCACUCAGUAAUGAACUGACAGGGGAAGGAAUUGAAACAUUCAGGAUGACAAGUCCAAGCUGUAGAGGAGAGGAUGUCCUGUUUAAAAACCAAGACCCGUUAUAUGUGAAUACAUUUGGUGGAACCACCUACAACGCAUCCAAAGCCAAACCAACUACUCCCGCUGGACUCACUUCAACACUGACUACAGGAGUCAAAGUUUCAGUAAACACAAGUGUGAACGCCCUAUCAGCCACUAAUGCUGAAGUGAAGACAGCUGCACCCUCCUCAACAUCGCUGCCCAUUUCCAAAUCCCCCUUAAAAAGAGCCAAUAGUUUCUCAGGUCGGCCACAGCUAAAAGAUCAGGUGAAAAAUAACCAGAUUACAGCUAAGCCAAUGAUUAGUGCAUAUGCCCAUCAAAGAGCAAGAUCCAAUAGCCUCAGUGGCGGUAAACCCAAUGACGAUUGCCAGAUUCCUACAGUAGAAGCAGAACUUACUGUGUCUUGUCUGAUGUGGGGCUACAUAAAGGAGGUCUACUGCAACCAACUGGACUCCAUGAAAUCUGGCUUGCAAAUGACUGAGAAGCAACCAGGCAAAAGUGAUAUGAGCAUAACACUGAAGGGCACAGAUUCAUCAAAGGUUGGAGAAAGUCAUCGGGAGCUUCAGAAUCUAGUGGCUUCGGUAGCCAGCGACUUUUGCAUUCAGGAGUUAAGUUUGACAGGGCUUGGCAGAGUUGAAAAAGAUAAACUGUUUGAAACCUGCUGCUUGAAUGUGCAGUCACGUUUUCGUAAAGUCACCUUGCACACCACGAAGAACAGCAUUUACUUGAUUGGCCCAAAACUGCUCUGCUCACAAGCCAGUGAUAUAUUUAAGGAAGUAUAUUCUGGGCAGAAGUCUCCUUCCUUACCACAGAUGAAGACCCUGCAGGAGAGUAUAGAUCAGGGACCAGCAAAGUCUUCUUUGGGCAUAUGGUCAACAAAAGCUGAUCACUUCAAGUCUGAACAAAGUCGAAAUGAGUUUUCUUUUCAGGAUACAAGCCAAGUGGCUAACAGCACUUGCAAAAGUGGAGGUCAAUCGAUCAAACCAAAAACAGCUACAUUGGAAGGGUUGGAAAACCCUAGAUAUACUAAGGAUGAAUUAUGCAAGACAAAUGCACUAAACCAAUUUGCAAAACCCAGAGAAGACACAAUGAGACAAACAAAUGAUGGGCCAACUUCUUUACCACUUGAAGCACACAAAAAACAAGAUACCUCAAUGGCUUUGAAACUGACCAACCUGCUGUCACAUACCACUUCAGAGCAAUGCGUGUGUGGAGCAAAUAAUGCAUCUGUGAAACGGACCUGUGGUGUCAUCCAUUGUUCUGACAGCGUACAACUGCAUAAAUACUGCCUAGUGUGUGGAAAAGAGGAGAUGAACACUCAGAAGAAGGGGCUAGGGGAUCCAUUUCAAAGUUGUAGCUCAAAAAAUACACAGCAUGAAUAUCAGACGAGAGAUCAGCAUUCAGGACAAGAGGACAGCAAAGAACAUAAGGGCAUCCAAGGCACUAUGACAUGUGUGGAGAUGACUUUUAGUCUUCCAGGCUAUAACAAAUACACAACGGCAAAGAUCACUUACUGCAUACCUGAUGGCAUACAAGGGGACAAGGAUCCUUGUCCUGGGUCACCAUUCGAUGGUGGUCAAUUUGUGGCUUAUCUGCCACUCGAUCCAAAGGGACAAAGUUUAUUGCCAUGCCUGGAAAAGGCAUUUAAUCAAGGCCUAACAUUUACUGUUAGUUCAAGCAAGAAGGCUAGUGGUGAUGCAAAAGUAACCUGGGGCAGGAUCCCCCACAAGACCAGGGUGGAUGGAGGGAAGAGUGGCAAAGGAUAUCCAGACUCCACAUAUCUUACUCGCUUGCGUGAGGCACUGGUGGCUCAUGGGAUUGAAGGAGUACCUGCAAUCAGUCAAGAUCAACUCAAAUCCUGACCUUGAGAAUAAUAAUACAAAUCAUUAAGACCACAAAUAAUUAGUAAACUGUGUAUUACUUCUUUUUAUAUAUUCCCUUCCUACAAAUGUAAAUCAAAUAGCAAUGUAAAUCAGG